CACCAUUAAAAUUUAAAACAAAGGCUUAGCUUUUAAUCUCAGCUUGCGCUCUCUCUUAACACUGAAACAACGGCCGAAAUUGGUCUCCGAGAGUAUAAAACCCUUCAUUUUACCGUUACAUAUCUCAACGCCGCCUCUACAUAACUUGAUGUUUAACGGCUAAUUCCGUAGCGACAAUGGGGAAAAUCAGUUCCAGAGACGUUCGAGAGAUUGUAGAAAAUCUCUCAUCGGAGAAAGUUAAACCUCGCGAAGAAGGGAUCAAGUUGUUAUCCACAUCGACCGGUGACAUCACCGGCGACGGUGCCGGCGUUGAAAAAGAAGAGGGGGAGACCAAGGAAGUAUGGACCAGAUGGUAAGCCUGCAGGGGCUGUAACAGCGCUUUCGCCUAUGCCGAUUUCAUCGUUGAUUCCGUUGACUGGAGAGUUCUCUGCUUGGAAAAGGGGUAGAGGGAAGCCUGUUGAAUCUAUCAAGAAAUCAUCUUUUAAGUUUGAUUUUGAAAGUCCACCUGGACAAGGCCUGGUGAUGCUGUACAUUGAGAAAGUUGAAGCAAGCUUGAAUGGGAAAAACAUAAGUCAUUUUACUUCCAAAGAAGAGGUCUUCCGCAAUAUCUUAACUCUUCAUUCACUUUUGGAUUAUCCUCCUGGAGACUACCCUGUUAAUCUACGAGAAGACAUUGUUAAGGGAUUUGUCAAGAUCUGUUCAUUCAUUAGGGAAGAAGGAAAAAUAUCACACAAACUUGUUGAAUGUAUCAAUACAUAUUUGUUAAAUGAUGGUCCAAAUUUGGGCUUUCAGUUGUUGGAGAUUCAUAAUGCUAUGCAGGAGUUAAUGUUUCAAUGUUGGCUGACAACACAUGAUCGAGUGCUUAAGGCUUGUCCAAAACUGAUUGACAGAUUUAAAGAGAUAGAAGAAAAUGUCAAGAUGGAUGUAUUUAAUACGUUCAUCGAGCUCUUGCGUCAAUCUGGAAAUGUCACAAAAGGUGAUCUGAGAUACGUUCAUUGAGAUUUGAAAGAGAAAAGUGGUUUCGUUUAUCAAUCAUGAGUUUCAUAACACUGUGGCAGGGUUGCAAUGCAUCUCUCAUAAUUUUUGCAUCCUUGGAAUAAGGGGAAGACUGUUCUUCUCAUAAGGUGGUUAGUGCCCAGCAAGCUGAAGACCUAAAAUUGAAGGAAAAGAGGAAGCGGGAACGAGAG